AUGAACCAAGUUUACUGCAUUAGGAACAUUUCCUCUUUCGAGCAAGACAGUGUUUGGUCCUGGUUCAUUUGUUUUUGUUGCUCAAUAUGCCUGAUGAUGUCUGUUGGAUUUAACUAUGCUCUCGGCGUACUUUUCCCUGUUCUCAUGGAGUCUUUCAACGAAAGCAGAGAAAGAACCGGUAAGUUGAAUAAUUUGCCUUCGACGUUAUCUUCGUUGUUUUGUUUGGACCCAGUGGGACAGCUGCUUCGUGCUAUGGCUGUUAGCGCCUUUAAUAUUAAAAAUGCAGUAAAAUUAGAAGCGGUUUCAUCAAGCGGUAAUCAGUUGACGUACGGCUUUUUUUACUGAGACAGGAUCGGCUCCUGGCAGAGAUAAUAAUGAUAUGUUCUUACAGCCCUGACAUAUGCUACUAGUAGCGGAAAAACAAUAAAUGUCCACCUUUUAAAUAAUUUUUCAGUUCCCGUUAAUUUAAUAAAUAAUCUUCGAACGUUACAUUUACAUAACACGAGGAUAACAAUUAUUGCGUUUUACAGUCAGCAAAAAUUCAUACGAUUCUGGUGGUACAAAGGUCAAUUUUUAGUACUCGUGAGGGAAGAAAGCUUUCCACAUGAUAUCCUUGCUUUUGAGAAAGUGGUAGGAUAGAUCAUGGGCCGGACCGCCGGGGGCGGGGUGGGAAGUGGGGUAAAGACGCUCAUUCUACGAAUUUCAUUCUAGGGGUCGUAUAAUAGUAGAGAGGUUAAGGGCCGACCAUUCGACUUUUGAGGGGAGGAAUGGGUGAUUUCCAAAAAAAAUAUCAUACAGACUGAUGUUCGUCCGCAGUCAUUACCUUCAGCGGUUUUCCGGAGUAUUGGAUAAUUAUUUUACCAGUUUUAUAAGUCGAUUAUCAUUAGAUCCCAUCGACCAUAGCCUGAUACUAAUACUAAUACUACCGGUAAUAUUAGAGAGAUAGAGAUAGAGAGAUAGAUGCUUCAUUGUCUUAAUACCUUGCAGCCAUAGGCUGAAUUACGAAAGACAUUACAAUAAAAGGACAUUACAAUAAAGACAUUACAAUUAAAAAAAAAAAAAAGUAUAUAAAAUAUAACAAUAAAAAGGUAAAAAGUAUAAAAUUGCUACUAUAACUAACUAAUUAAACACUACUAAGCGCAGAAAACGUGACUAAAAAUGAAAGAUUUUUUGCAUCGAUUGGUCUUGCACAAAGGUAAGGCAAAGUUCCGAUUCCUCCUUAGAAAGUAAUUUGCUGGAUUCUUGGAAGGAAGGAGGUUGUGAAGAGUGUGCCCGGGUCACCCACGACUUCAUUGAAGAGCUUUGAUGAAAUCUCUUCUCUCCUUUUAAAGAGGGUUGGCAAACCUGAAAAUUCUAGGGCCUGCUUGUAUGACAUACCGGGGUAAAUAAUUCGCAAUGCACGUUUUUGCAGUCUCUCCAGGUCGUCGCUGAGGUAACCCGGGAGGGCGCGAUGGCACACGGGACAUGCUUUUUUCGAGAAUAGAACGAAUGCAUGUGAUGUAAAAAAGUAUUAACUCCGCAGGCAUAAUCUGUGAUCUCUUUAGUUGUCUCAAGAAGUACAACCGACAGGAGGCCUUCUUCACUAGUUCUAAUACAUGAAUUAUUAAUUAUUAAUACUUAUAAUUUAUGAAUUACUUAUAAUUUAUGAAUUAUUAAUACUUAUAAUACUAAUACUAAUACUAAUACUAAUACUAAUACUAAUACUAAUACUAAUACUAAUACUAAUACUAAAUACUAAUACUAAUACUAAUACUAAUACUUAUAAUAAAAUAGAAAGGCAUAGCAAGAAUAUAUAAGAGCAAUAAGCUUUGCAGGACCCUUAGCAUCAGCUCAACCCUAUUCCAGACACUAAGUACGCUGUCCAGUUGUUUUGCUGCAUUGUGAAGUCCAUCUACUGCAAAGCAUUUUGGGGGUUUUCUGUGUCACAUGAAAUAGAUUUCCUCACUUAUAAUCUAAGUUUUGAGUCACUUCAAACAAGCACAUAUUUGAGUCCAGUCUCCAUUCUUCUUAUAAUACUGCUACGUCUCCACGGAGAAGCCAAGUUGAAGUCCCUGUGCAGUACUAGUUUGACUAGUUUUCACGAAUGAGAUGAAAUGAAUACAGCCCGAGACUGAUGAGCAUCAAUAAAUUAAAAAGGGAUGAGACUUUUGCAUAGUUAUCGAUUUCAAGUUUCUUUCUAUUUGCGGCCUUGCCACUUUUUCCUUUGUAAACCUCAUGAUCUGUUUCAUCACUUAAUUUAAAGGUGAAAAAAGGUACUUAGUUGUCAUUGUGUGUAGUUGGCGUAACAUAUAAAUGACUGAUACAUUUUCUUGAAAUAUGUUUUUGUUUUGUUUGCAGCAUGGGUAAGUUCUAUCACCAUGGCAGUGUUUCUCAUCUUUGGUCCUAUUAUGGGUGCCUUUGUGAACCGCUUCGGCUGCCGCAUCACCAUUACUGUAGGCUGUCUGGCCUGUGCCACAGGCCUAGUUUUGGGAUCUCUGGCUCCAAACAUUGUGGUUCUUUAUCUUGCUUUUAGUGUACCAUUCGGGAUCGGGAUGUCGUCCUUAUACAUCUCUUCGCCCGUAGCUGUGAGCCAGUACUUCAGCAAGAGGCGAGCGCUCGCACUAGCGACUGCCACCUCGGGUCCAGGGCUCGGGACAAUGAUAUAUGGUCCCACACUACAAGCUUUAGUGGACGCUUUUGACUGGAGAAACGCCAUGCGUAUGUUGGCUGGUUUUUUGGCUGUUGCCUCUUUCACUGGGUGUUUUCUGAAAAGCAACAGUUCUUUGACGAGUCAAUGCCAGGACAUGAAUGCCAAGAAGUUUAGUCUGAAUUUUUCUGCAUGCAAGAAUCCAAGGUUUCUCAUGUUGUUGGCUAUGGCAGCUGUGAGUAAUUUUGGUCGCAUUGUACCUUAUGUACAUUUGGUGAGUAUGAAUUGUUUUUACUACAACCUAACUCCUUGCAACACUGGAUUCUAUGCCUUGGAUUCCAGAUUCUGCCGGUACUGAAUUUUAGCCUUUAAAUCAAUCAUUAGUAGGAUUCCAGAUUGCUUGAGCUUUAAUGCGGAUUCCAAAGCCCAGGAUUCCAGAUUCCACAAGCCAUUAAAUUUUCCAGGAUUCCGGAAUUUCACGGAUUCCGGAAUCGCUUACAUGAGGCGACAGGAAAAGUGUUUCCAUGAACUGGUAAAAAACAAAAGGUGCAAGUGUCCUUCUUACAUGUCAAGUCAAGAAGCAACACUGUAUAACUGCAUGUCUCUAGAGGAAUUAUAUAAGGAGGGUGGCCCUAUUAGCAUAUUUCCUGAUAUCAGUACUGCUUUAAUGUAGCCAAAUGUGAACUACAGAAAUACAAAACUGUUAAAUGAAGAUAUGAUCGGCGCAGUUGUAAUGGGAGUUUACCCAAUUGCAAAUUAAAAUGAAAAAAAUCUUCGAGGCUCAAACAGGAUUCGAACCCAUGGUCUCUGCAUUAGCACUGCAGUGCUCUACCAACUGAGUUAUGAAGACCCACCAAAGGAGUUAUUGUGGGUCAGUCAGGGUACUUGACGACAGAUCCCCUGCAAGACAAUAGGGGUCUUAAUUCAGGAAAGUGGGGGGGAGGGAUUUGAAGGAGGUAGGUUCUUCAUGGAAAGUGGUUAAUACCAAGUAAAUUGCACAGUCACACAACUUGGUCCCAGCGAGUGGGCUGCUCAUGCAAGAAUUAACCCAUCUGAUGCUGGACACUACGGUAUAUAUAUACCAAGGGGUAUGCACACAAUGACACAGCAUGACACUUUUUUGUGGUGGAAAGAGGGCAAACAUUUAUAAAGACACUACUAGUCUUUCUGUUGAUUGAGAGGCCAUAUCUUUGCACAACAGCGCAAAGUUCAGUUGAAGCUCCCCUUGUUUUGAAACUUGAAACAUGAACAAUACUCGUUGGGGCUGCCAUGUUAGAAGCAAGUAUAUAUCCCUAUCUACCAAAUUUUUUUUUUUUUACGGUACCUUAUUCUCUUUCAGAUAAAACACUGUGAUGACCUUGGAAUUCCUCCUGGCAAGAGUACUACACUUUUUCUGCUUAUUGGAUUAUUUGCAUCAACUGGCCGACUCAUGGCCGGCUUUCUUUGUGACAUUAGAUUCAUUAACUCCCGGUUCCUUUACCAGGCAGCUGUGUUCACAGUGGGCGCCUCCACCCUUCUUCUCAUUCCUGCAAAGACAUUUGCUUCUGUGGCUGUUGUCAUCGUUCUGUUCAGUCUGGCGGAUGGGUUGAUGAUAUCAACAUUUAUUAUUGAUCUAUUUAAGUCCAUGAAGGAAUCUCAAAGAGCCUCUUGUCUCGGGUUUACCAUGUUCAUGGGUGGAGUGUUUGUAUUUUUUGCUCCCCCUCUGUCAGGUUAGUAUUUCAUUGUUCUACUGAAAAUCUAGUUUCUUUGAAAUUCUUAAAUGGCUGCUAUUGGAGUUGUCACAGUUCAUCUAAGGAGCCUUUUAGAGAGUCAAAACAGCUGAUAUUUUGUGACAUCACCACUGGGUUCCUCACGAAAAGACAUCCGAGGAAAAAGUGCAGAAAAGCAAAUUUUCAACCACUCAGGACCACUACCCAGAUCUGGGUAGUGACAUACCAACGGUAUGGCGUAUUUGUGCUUGCUCCUCAGUCCUCAUUUCGAGGGAAACCAGUGGUGGUUUGUCAGGCUUAGGGCGCAUUCCAAUUGUCAGAACUGACUUGCGAGACCAUUCCUGUUGUAAGGAGAAUUUCACUUUCAAUUCUGUCCAGCCAGAUCAGUAAAAUCCUAAACAGUAUGCACAAAGGAAAUGGUUUUUCAGCAAAAACUCUUGGAAAAAGUGGAUUUAAUUUGCUAACUGACUGGUCUGGCCAGCCAGUUCUGACAAAUAGAAAGUGCGAUACCCAACAGUUCCAUCAUUUUUUUGCGAAAUUUUGACUGUUUUCCCAGGCUAUUGGUUACUCGAUGGAGUUUUCUUUAUCAUAACUUGUCAGUGCCAGUUAAUCUUUUAGGGGAGAUGUCUUUGAAAAUGUCCACUGAGCACUCCUGUAUCAUGAUUAAUAUCGGGGAGUCGCCAUUCUUUCUUGUUAGUCACUCCCAGAAGAAAUGCGGAGCAAAAUACUUAUUUAUUAACAUUAACUAGGUGCAAGACCACAAACCUCUCUUUGAACGCAGGUUAUCUCAAAACCAACACACCAAACAUGUGUCUGUUUUUUUUUUCUCGCUAGGACUGAUAGCGGACAAGUAUGGGAACUACACAUUGGCUUUCCUAAUGUCCGGUGGAGUACUAGUGAUUGGAUCGCUGUUUCCUUUUUUUCUGUUGUGCAGUAAACAAAAAAAUGUCGAGGAAAAUGAGGGUGUAGAGCACCUAGAAGAACUAAUGGACAGGGAUCAAGUACUGAUAGAGAAAAAUAGUGAGAGUGAUAAUCCGUCACCAACAAAUGUGUGGGUGAUGCAGGAUUCAGUGUCCUCAAGUGAAGUGGUUGCAAGAUCCAACAAUAAAUUGGCCACUGCCAAGAGACCAGUUUCUUUUAUGUGGGCCAUGGAAAGUCCGUUUAACCUUCCACCUCCUUUAAGAACGUCAAACUAA